GGAGAAUUUACACCAUAAGGAUACAAAAUAAUAAUUUUUAAAGAUCUUCCUUUCACUCAGCAAACAUUUUAGUACUUCCCCUUUUUACCAACCAUUGCGCUGGGAGCUUGGGACAUGGGUGGAAAAGACAGCAUCACUGACAUCAUUGUCAGUCCGGUUCAUUGGGAGGCAGGUAAAGGAUGCUUACGAUAUGGCUGAUUUUUGCUGGGCUCCAUCACGGGCCUCACAGGGUGCAAAGGGGGGGCAGCGAAAAAGCUUCUAACUUGGAUAUUGUGCCGUUCCAAGGUUGCCACUCAAGUACUUACAGAAGACAGACAAGCAAACAGCAAGGAAGGGUAGCCAGGAACUGUGGCAAACUGAGAGAGUUGCUAGAGCUUCUAAUUUUUUUUCAGGACAAGCCACAGACCUGAAUUUUUAUGUGAGCUCUCUUUUUAAAUCCUAUAAAUGAGUUCCAAUUUUAAAAAGUAGGAGGCCAAACAAAACACCCUGCAGGACACAUCUGGCCAUGCCCAAUGUGAGGCAUUCUUCCAACUCUCUCUCCCACUGACUAAAAACUUGAGUGUCCACUAUUUUAGGCACUGGGAAAUACAAUACAGCAACAGGCCGGGGCAGCUUUGUUGCAUGGUUGGGGACUCUGGUACACUGUUUCUCAAGCUUCAGUGUGUAUGGGAAUCACCUGAGGAGGCUUGUUGAAAGGCAGAUUCUGAUGGAGUUCUGCGGUAGGGCCUGAACACUUGCCUUUGCCGUUCUAACUAGCUCCCAGGUGAUGGUGAUACUGUGGGUCCCUGGACUAUACUUGAAGCAGCGUUGCCCUAUAAUACAGAGGAGCUCGGGAGCAGCAGUUAUUUGAAGGGAUGGGGACUUGCCUAGAAGGUGCAUUUUGUCUGGCAAGCAUCCUGUUUUUACUUAGAUUUUAGUUUAUUUGGGGUGGCUUGGCAGAGCUGAUGGCAUCGGAGGCAAGUGCUAAGGUUAUCCUAAGCUGCCUCUUGGCGCUGCCAGGUCUCUGCUCAGAGUUCAUAUUCUAGAAGGUGGGGUAGGGGUAGAGGAAAACUUCCUGGAGGAGGUGCAUGUGAACUGCAGGAGCUUCCCUGCUGGCCGACAAAGGGAAAAGCCUUGUACGAAUUCCCCUUCUGCUGGGGCUGGGUGUGGCCAUGUGGUUUCCCAGGACAUCCCACGUGCCUGCAGUCUGCACGCCCCUGUCAAUCAAGUUUUUUCCCCGGCCGGGUCCGGGUUUAAAGGCGGCUGCGGUGUAGAGCGCUCCCAUGGUGCCGCGCGGCGGGCGGGUUUGGAUUUUAAAUCCCCGCGGCCAAUCAGUGGCGCGCAGGCUUUUGUAACGUUCCCAGAGCCGCGUUUGAAUUCGGGAAGGAGAGGAGCUGUGCGGCGCCUCUACCCCUACUCUGCUAAGGCAGCUGAGCAACUCCACGAGCAUGAGUGCAGCGGCGACUGCAGGGAAGCUGGCACGGGCACAGACCGACCCAGGCAAAGCUGGGGUCCCCGGAGUUGCGGCUCCUGGAGCUCCGGCGGCCGCUCCACCGGCGAAAGAGAUCCCAGAGGUCCUAGUGGACCCACGCAGCCGGCGGCGCUAUGUGCGGGGACGCUUUUUGGGCAAGGGCGGCUUCGCCAAGUGCUUCGAGAUCUCGGACGCUGACACCAAGGAGGUGUUCGCAGGCAAGAUCGUGCCAAAGUCUCUGCUGCUCAAGCCGCACCAGAAGGAAAAGAUGUCCAUGGAGAUUUCCAUUCACCGCAGCCUUGCCCACCAGCACGUCGUAGGCUUCCAUGGCUUUUUCGAGGACAACGACUUUGUGUUCGUGGUGUUGGAGCUCUGCCGCCGGCGGUCUCUCCUGGAGCUGCACAAGAGGAGGAAAGCCCUGACGGAGCCUGAGGCCCGAUACUACCUGAGGCAAAUCGUGCUUGGCUGCCAGUACCUGCACCGAAACCGAGUUAUUCAUCGGGACCUCAAGCUGGGCAACCUCUUCCUGAAUGAGGACCUGGAGGUGAAAAUAGGGGAUUUUGGACUGGCAACCAAAGUCGAAUAUGAUGGGGAGCGGAAGAAGACCCUGUGUGGGACUCCUAAUUACAUAGCUCCUGAGGUGCUGAGCAAGAAAGGACACAGUUUCGAGGUGGAUGUGUGGUCCAUUGGGUGCAUCAUGUAUACCUUGUUAGUGGGCAAACCACCUUUUGAGACCUCUUGCCUAAAAGAGACCUACCUCCGGAUCAAGAAGAAUGAAUACAGUAUUCCCAAGCAUGUCAACCCUGUGGCCGCCUCCCUCAUCCAGAAGAUGCUUCAGACAGAUCCCACUGCCCGCCCAACCAUUAAUGAGCUGCUCAACGACGAGUUCUUUACUUCCGGCUACAUCCCUGCCCGCCUCCCCAUCACCUGCCUCACCAUUCCACCGAGGUUUUCAAUCGCUCCCAGCACCCUGGACCCCAGCAACCGGAAACCCCUCACAGUCCUCAAUAAAGGCAUGGAGAACCCCCUGCCUGAGCGUCCCCGGGAGAAAGAGGAACCAGUGGUUCGAGAGACGGGUGAGGUUGCCGACUGUCACCUUGGUGACAUGCUGCAGCAGCUACACAGUGUCAAUGCUUCCAAGCCCUCCGAGAGAGGGCUGGUGAGGCAAGAGGAGGCUGAGGAUCCCGCCUGCAUCCCCAUCUUCUGGGUCAGCAAGUGGGUGGACUAUUCGGACAAGUACGGCCUCGGGUACCAGCUGUGUGACAACAGCGUGGGGGUUCUCUUCAAUGACUCAACACGCCUUAUCCUCUACAACGACGGUGACAGCCUGCAGUACAUAGAGCGUGACGGCACUGAGUCCUACCUCAGUGUGAGUUCCCAUCCCAACUCCUUGUUGAAGAAGAUCACCCUCCUUAAGUAUUUCCGAAAUUACAUGAGCGAACACUUGUUGAAAGCGGGUGCCAACAUCACGCCCCGGGAAGGCGAUGAGCUAGCCCGGCUACCCUACCUGCGUACCUGGUUCCGCACCCGCAGCGCCAUCAUCCUGCACCUCAGCAAUGGCAGUGUGCAGAUCAACUUCUUCCAGGACCAUACCAAACUCAUCUUGUGCCCGCUGAUGGCAGCUGUGACCUACAUCGACGAGAAGCGUGACUUCCGCACGUACCGUCUGAGCCUCCUCGAGGAGUACGGCUGCUGCAAGGAGCUGGCCAGCCGGCUGCGCUACGCCCGCACCAUGGUGGACAAGCUGCUGAGCUCGCGCUCGGCCACCAAUCGCCUCAAGGCCUCCUCAUAGGCACCCCGGACUCGUGCCCCUCCCCACUCCCAGCAGCACCUGGGGCCUGCACUGGUCAGCGCCCACAGUGCUGUUUUUGUAAUGCGGCCCCCAGCCCUGGGGGCUGGGCGGAGAGCUGCAUGGUCCUUGCCCAGGGGGUUGCUGUGUGUAAGUUAUUUUUGUACAUGUUCGGGUGUGGGUUCCAUAGCCCCUUCCCCUUCCCCUUCCCUCUCAACCCCACCGUAUGAAUUGUACAGAAUAUUUCUAUUGAAUUUGGGACUGUCCUUUCCUUGGCUUUAUAUACAUUAAACACAUGUAAAUCUUC